AGUCAUGCAUAGGUGUACCGACUCCUCCCCUUCAGCCUUGCACAGGUGUACCGGCUCCUCCCCUUCAGCCUUGCACAGGUGUACCGACUCCUCCCCUUCAGCCUUGCACAGGUGUACCGACUCCUCCCCUUCAGCCUUGCACAGGUGUAUUGGCUCCUCCCCUUCAGUCUUGUACAGGUUUACCGGCUCCUCCCCUUCAGUCUUGUGCAGGUUUACUGGCUCCUCCCCUUCAGUCUUGCACAGGUGUACCGACUCCUCCCCUUCAGCCUUGCACAGGUGUACCGACUCCUCCCCUUCAGCCUUGCACAGGUGUAUUGGCUCCUCCCCUUUAGUUUUGCACAGGUGUACCGACUCUUCCCCUUCAGUAUUGCACAGGUGUACCGGCUCCUCCCCUUCAGUCUUGCACAGGUGUACCGGCUCCUCCCCUUCAGUCUUGCACAGGUGUACCGACUCCUCCCCUUCAGCCUUGCACAGGUGUACCGACUCCUCCCCUUCAGCCUUGCACAGGUUUACCGGCUCCUCCCCUUCAGUCUUGCACAGGUGUACCGACUCCUCCCCUUCAGCCUUGCACAGGUGUACCGACUCCUCCCCUUCAGCCUUGCACAGGUGUAUUGGCUCCUCCCCUUCAGUCUUGCACAGGUUUACCGGCUCCUCCCUUCAGUCUUGCACAGGUGUA